AUGGAAGAAGCCAUGGAUUACGCAUAUCACCAUCCGGAGCAGUCCCAGGGCCAGGCACAGAAUCCGUACACACAGCAGCGUCCACGAUGCCCCUAUUUCCACAACAGAGAAGGCCAGCAGCAACUCCCCGGCAUGCCACCGCACCGCUCAACGAUGCACUAUGACCCUGUUCACGCCUCAGCGAACUACUGGCAACCUCAAGGACAACUGCCGCCGUAUCAGUGGCAACCCCAGCCCCCGGUGAUGAACCACCGAGGACCUUCGGCGUCCCAGCACCGAUCUUCAAACUCAGCCUCUGAUGCUCCUUACUAUAACCAUGCGCCUGUUCCGAACUUUGGCAAUGUGGCUGGCGGCUACUCGGGUGCACCCCCAAAUGAGAUGGGAGGCCCUCCGACCAUGCAUCCAUCGUUCUCUCACACACAGCUCCCUCCAGUGAGAUUCGGUCCGUCAACGUCCAUGCCGGCAAACCAUCCACCAUCAGGCCAGCCAUUGUAUGCUGGUUCUGAGAGGUCUUUUGGUGGGCAGAAUGCCUCACCUCGUCACAGCGCCUUCAACACAGCGUCACACUCUAUGAAUGCGUUAACUCCUGCGGUUACGCAAACCGGCCCAGAUCGCCUCGCAGAGCCUCAAAAUCCUCCCCCGCUUGAGGCACCAGAAUCUACUGGUGGUGCAAGUCAAGCGCCACCUUCUGGAGCCAGCAUCCAAUUUGGAUCUGCUCCUCCUUCAGCUACUCCCCAUCGCAGCCAUACGACCUUUCUCAACCCCCCACGAGGACCUUACCGCUCUCCAUCAGGCGCCUCGUCUUCGGGAACCUCGAGCUCUUCAGGCAACUUGAGCCCAUCAACCCAUCCCCAUACAGAGCGACGCCGAGUCCCUACCAUUCGGCGCACAGUAUCUAGAAGACAAAGCCCGCCCUCCGAUAGUGACGUGGAUUCCGACAGAGGCCUCGAACAGCUCUUAACAAUGGCUGGAAACCCAACACAAAUGGCACGUCAUAUUAUGACUAUGGAAGAAGACCAUGUUCGGGCUGCUCAGUUCAUGCGUGGCUCUGUGACUACAAAAUACGUAGCAUCUUCAUCAGCUAUUCAAUCUCUCCAAAGUGUGCCGAUCACCGACUUGUCAGAGAGUGAAAGAACCUGCGUCAUUUGCUACAACGAAUUUGGUGUAGAAACCCCUGAAGGCGUCAAGGAGGCUCCACUCCGACUUCCCAAAUGCAAACAUGUGUUUGGUGACCACUGCAUCAAGAAGUGGUUUGAGGAGUCCGACAGUUGCCCUUAUUGCAGAGACAAGGUGCCGCACGAACCCAGAAUCACAUCCACCAACCCUACCUUCGACCGAUACUUCCGUAAUCGUGGCCAUGUGAAUCUCGGGGGCCUCGUGGGGGGAUAUGCUGGCUUCAUGAGAGAGAGGGACGCUCUUCUAGCACAGGAUGACGCAAAUCGCUCACAAGGAGCUGGAACCAGCCAUGGGGAACGCCGUUCCCCUCCAACAGACAGCGGUGAGAGUCGCCGUAGAAUUCGGCCUCGUACUGGUAUUCAAGGACCUGGGUCGCCAACAUUCAGCAGCCGGCCCAGGCCGGUAUCUAGUACGUACGAAAGUAGCCGGAGACCACACGGCGGCAUGGCCACUUUGCUUCCAGCCCGGGGAGCUUUUACAUCUAGCGCUUCCAGUCGUACGGGCCACAAUUCCACGUCACAUGUAUCCUUUGCUGGGGCCAGUAUGCCUCAGCAUCAGGCACCUGGCUUUGGAGGACCAGCAGAGGCUUCGAGUUCAUCUGCACAGACAAUUCCUGUCUACGCACCACCUCAUAGUCAGCAAGGCAUGUCAAGUGGCCUCGGCAUGCCUCAUGGACUCCAUGGCAGCGGAUAUUCAACCUCCACGAACCGAACCUCACUACCGGCGGCCCCCCCAGGCACUUGGAAUCAUGGAAACCCAGCAGCACCUGACGACAGUCAUCGGCGUAUGUUGAAUGGUGAUAAUAGCGGGCCGCCGCCGCUUCAGGCUAGCACACCAUGGGGACACGAGUAG